ACAACAUAAACCCUAAAGCUUAAGUCUUCAACAGACUCUAUUUCGUCUCUUUCUUAAAUAAAACUCUUCAUAAUCUGAUGUUUUUUUAUUUGUUUUAGAUUAUAAUUAUGUUUAAUUGAAUAUUCUCACUUUUUGCCCUUUUUUGUAUCUCUGUCCUCUCUCUGAUAAAUUCUUUCAGAGAGAAUAAACGGAGACAGAGAGAGAGAGAGAGAUUUAGUGGGUUUGGGGAGGAAAUGGCAAUGGUUGUUCCAAAAGAAGGACUUGUGGUUAUGGAGAACGUUUCUGUUUCCUCCUCUCCAUCGGAUUCUUCUCUUCGUCUCCAACCUCAGUUUCCUGACUUCACGAUUCCUGUAAAAGAUUUCUUCAAGUCUAGAGAGGCACGUGAGUUUCUUAGCGGGGCACUAGCUGGAGCUAUGACCAAAGCUGUUCUUGCUCCACUUGAGACAAUAAGGACAAGAAUGAUUGUUGGUGUAGGAUCGAAAAGCAUUCCAGGUAGUUUUGUGGAAAUCAUACGGAAGCAAGGGUGGCAAGGUCUUUGGGCUGGCAACGAAAUCAAUAUGAUCCGUAUUGUUCCGACCCAAGCGAUUGAGUUGGGAACGUUUGAGUUUGUAAAGCGUGCAAUGACAUCAGCGCAAGAGAAACUGAAGAAGAUUGAGCAGGCAAAGAUUGAAAUUGGUGACUUUAGUUUCAGCCCGUCCAUAUCUUGGAUCUCUCCUGUUGCUGUGGCCGGUGCAGCCGCAGGUAUCGCCAGUACACUUGUUUGCCAUCCUCUCGAAGUCCUCAAGGAUAGAUUGACUGUGAGCCCUGAGAUUUAUCCAAGCCUGAGCCUUGCAGUUCCAAGGAUAUUCAGAGACGAUGGAAUCCGUGGAUUCUAUGCUGGCUUAGGACCAACACUGAUUGGGAUGCUUCCAUACAGCACAUGUUAUUACUUCAUGUACGACACAAUGAAGACUACAUACUGCAAAUCCAAGAACAAAAAGGCUUUAAGCCGUCCAGAGAUGCUUGUUCUUGGAGCUCUAGCCGGUCUAACGGCGAGCACUAUCAGCUUCCCAUUGGAAGUGGCUCGGAAGCGGUUAAUGGUGGGAUCUCUGAAGGGGCAAUGUCCACCGCACAUGGCUGCAGCGAUAGCAGAAGUGGUGAAGGAAAGAGGAGUGAUGGGACUCUACAGAGGAUGGGGAGCAAGUUGCUUGAAAGUCAUGCCGUCUUCAGGGAUCACUUGGGUCUUCUAUGAAGCCUGGAAAGAUAUUUUACUCGCGGCCAAUACCAAACCACUACUAUAAUGACGACUAUUGAAACUUAGAUUACCAUUGUUAUGAUUUACGGAAUUUGAUGGCUUGGCUUUGCCCCAUGAGAUGUUUUUUUUGACACUUGGGAGUGUUUUGAUUCCCAUGAGAAGUAAGAAGCUGAGUUCUGUUUUCGUUUAGGCUAAA